CCAUAACAUACAUCUCCAUCCCCAUCCCCAUCCCCAUCCCGGUGGCUUCCUUUAUUUUCCCAAUAUUUUCUCCUCUUGAUUCGCUAUUUUUUCAAAAUUUCUAAAUCGCCGGAAGGAAAGCGUAUCAAAACAAAAUCAAAUUAUUCGAGAAGGAUUCUGUGUGCGAUUUUCGGGCUGUCUUGAUCCAUCCUUCAGGAGUUCGUUCACGGUCAUCUAAGCUUUCGUUUGCAGCUGUUUCUGAAUUCCAGUUUCGAGAUUUUUCUCAUUUCUUUAAGCUUUAUUCGGCUGUAUCUCUGUGUAUUCUUGGCCUGGUUUUGAGUACUAAAAUUCUGAAAGCAAGAUAUGGUUGCCUUUGGAAAGAAGUUAAAGGAAAGACAGAUUGAAGAAUGGCAAGGAUAUUACAUCAACUAUAAGCUUAUGAAGAAGAAGGUAAAACAAUAUGCUCAACAAAUGGAAGUUGGAACACAAGAUCGUCGGCACGUUCUCAAGGAUUUUUCAAGAAUGCUGGACAACCAGCAGUCACACACACAUGCAGAUAAACUUUAUGUAUUGACAGGAAGCAAAGCGCAACAAAUUGUGUGGCAAUUGCGUUGGAGGCUCAGGAAAUGCUCCCCAUCUCUCUUUGGAAUUGUGUGUUUUUAUAGCAUGCUGUAUGUACUCAACCAUAUUGAGAAGAUUGUACUUUUUCUACUGGAGCAACAAGGCCUUCUUGCCAGCCGUAUAGCCAAACUUGAUGAACGGCUUGACAUUCUUCAAGAAGAACCCGAAAUAUCCCAGAUAACUGAAUUGAGAGAAGCUUACAGAGAAGCUGGUCAAGAUCUUUUAAAGCUUCUAUAUUUUGUUGAGAUAAAUGCAAUUGGCCUGCGUAAAAUUUUGAAAAAGUUUGACAAGCGGUUUGGCUAUAGAUUUACCGAUUACUAUGUCAAAACACGUGCAAACCAUCCUUACUCACAGCUGCAGCAAGUUUUCAAACAUGUGGGAAUAGGAGCUGUUGUUGGAGCCAUAUCACGGAACUUGCAUGAACUCCAGGACCGUCAAGGAAGAAGCUAUCUAUCAAUAUAUGAUCAGCCUGUUCUUCCUCUCCAGGACCCUGUAAUCGAUUCAAUUAAAGCUGCUGUGGACAGGUUAAGUAACUCAACAAACUUCCUAAACUUUUUGGCACAACAUGCCCUCAUUAUGCGAGAAGAAUUGCCUGCUCCCAUGGAGGAACAAGUUGAUGAUAGCAAUUAUCACUCCAUGUCUCUUUUCUUGAACUUAGCAAAUACCUUCCUAUACAUGGUCAAUACAUAUAUUGUCGUCCCAACAGCCGAUGACUAUUCCAUGAGCCUUGGAGCUGCAGCGACUGUAUGUGGUAUUGUAAUUGGAGCAAUGGCAGUUGCACAAGUGUUCUCAUCAGUUUACUUUAGUGCAUGGUCAAAUAGAUCUUACUUCAGACCUCUAAUAUUUAGCAGUGUAGCUCUCUUUCUCGGGAACAUGUUAUAUGCUGUUGCUUAUGAUCUUCAAUCACUCUGGGUUCUUUUGAUUGGACGCCUUUGCUGUGGAUUGGGUUCUGCUCGAGCUGUCAAUAGGCGCUAUAUCAGUGAUUGCGUGCCACUAAAAAUUCGCAUGCAAGCUUCAGCAGGAUUUGUUAGCGCCAGUGCUCUAGGAAUGGCUUGUGGCCCAGCUCUGGCAGGAUUACUUCAAACGAAGUUUAAGAUUUACAAGCUCACUUUUAAUCAAAACACUUUGCCUGGUUGGGUUAUGGCUGUGGCGUGGCUAAUAUAUCUAAUAUGGUUGUGUAUCUCAUUUCGUGAACCUUCACGGGAAAAUGAAGAGAAUACACCACAAGAAUCACAUCAAGUUCAAAACGACACACUUGAGAAAGGUCUUCACCAACCGUUGCUUAUUACUACACUAGAGAAGCCAUCAGAUGAAGAUGACCCAGAAAUUGAUGAUAGUGAAGAAGCUCCUGAGGAAUCUCGCCUACCAGUGACCUCUAUUGGCUCAGCUUAUAGACUACUCACUCCUUCUGUUAAGGUUCAGUUAUUGAUCUAUUUCAUGCUCAAAUAUGCUAUGGAAAUCCUGCUUUCGGAGUCUAGUGUUGUUACAACAUACUACUUCGGUUGGUCCACGAGCUCUGUGGCAAUUUUUCUGGCAUGCCUUGGCCUAACAGUUCUCCCAGUGAAUAUCUUUGUUGGUAGUUACAUUAGCAACAUGUUUGAAGAUAGGCAAAUACUGUUGGUAUCUGAAGUUCUCGUCUUGAUAGGCAUCCUCUUAAGCUUCAAUAUAUUAAUUCCAUACUCCGUGGUUCAAUAUGUGGGCUCUGGACUUAUCAUGUUUGUGUCAGCAGAAGUGCUGGAAGGUGUGAACCUCGCACUUCUCUCACGAGUCAUGUCAUCUCGACUCUCUCGUGGUACGUAUAAUGGUGGAUUAUUAUCGACAGAAGCCGGGACUAUUGCACGAGUGAUCGCAGAUGGAACUAUAACCCUUGCUGGUUACUUGGGCCGUAGUAGGCUCUUGAAUGUUACACUCAUUCCCUCCCUCCUUAUUUGUGUAGUCUCCAUUGUUUCCACCUGCUACACCUACAACUCUCUAUACUGAUAGUCACAACUCAUCAUUUGGUUUCUUCUAUCUGUCAAAAUCCUCGAUUCUUUUCCGCGUCAAUUCCUCCAUUUUUUUUUUUUUGCACUUGCUAGUGCUAUGUCUUGCAGGAAAUCUCACUCGUUUAGAUCGUCUAUUUGAUUCUAAAUUUAUUGUC